UCAUGCGUCAUUUUCACACUUCCUGUUUACCGUUAGCCGGCAGGAUAUUUCAUGUUCAGAAAAAUGGGUUGUAUAUGUUCAAAGCUUUUCUUAUGGCGAAGACCAAGACACGAAGAGUUACAAGAAGAACAGCCAAAGCAGUUUUCAUGGGAUAAGAGAAGGGAAGGAUUGAGAAAAGAAGAUUAUAUCAUUAAAGAUCAGAAAGAUGCUACUCUAGGCCGAGUUCCUGGUACAGUCAAUGGUCAACAGUUUCUGGUUCAAAACUGUGAGAAUUGUAAUAUUUAUGUAUUUGACCACUCAGCAGCCAUAAAUAUAGAUGAUUGUGUGAAUUGUAAUUUCUUCUUGGGACCAAUUAAAUCUAGUGUAUUCAUAAGAGAUUGUAAAAAUUGCAAGUUCAUUCUGUCAUGUCAGCAAUUUAGAACUAGAGAUUGUAACAAGAUAGACAUAUUUCUGUGUUGUAAUACACAGCCUAUUAUAGAAGCAUCUUCUGGAAUGAGGUUUGGAUGUUACCAAUAUUUCUACCCAGAAUUAGCAGACCAUUUUAAGUCAGCUGGUGUGACAGUUUUUAAUAAUAACUGGGGAAACAUACAUGAUUUCACUCAAGAUCCUGAUGAACAACAUUUCUCUAACUUACCAGAGGAUGCUAAAAUAGAUGAUUUUUUGUCAAUUCCAUUAGCAGAAGAAUUUUCGAAAAUGAAUAUAUCUUUAGACGUUAGUAAAAGUGUAGUUCCUAAAACACAUGGCAAUCGACGGAAACCUUCGGACGAGUCGACGCUGGUUGUGUUCUUCAAUGACGGCAGCUGUUCAGCCAGAGCAUUCUCUUUUAUCAAUGCAAUGAGGAGUAGUCAUCCUAACUGUACACUCAUACAGACUAAAGAAGUAGAACUUAAACCUGAAGACGCCCAACGUGUGUUCAACACAGAUUCAUAUAAUAAUAUUGUACAGCAGGGUGCUGUGAUUGGAAUGGAGUAUAAUGGUGAUGACUGUGUAGAGUUGUGUAAAACAGAAGCUUUAAAUUUCAUGAAAGGUUCAGUUGGACUGGUAUUCGUUAGUCAAAGUCAAUCAGAGGCAGAAAAACAAAUUGAAGACUUCUAUAACUUUGCAGAUAUGCAGAUGGCUGUCUGAUAAAUGUUAUUUAUUAUUUAUGACUUUAAGUUUCGUAGUCAUUGUUAUCCAGUCAAACUUUCACAUAUCACACAUGAUUUGUUGUGUCUGUUUAUUGGCAUUAUUUGUAGAUUUAUUUUACUAUAAAAUUAUUCAUAAGGAUUAAGUACAAUUUGUUAACUUUUACCAUAGUUAAAUUUAGAAAUCAUAAGCUUUAUUCAAGAAAUGACUAAAUGGGUAAGGGAAAUAACCACACAUUUCCGACCCAAUUUAUUCACUGGGUUUUUGGUGAUUUGUUCAAAAACUUCAUCAAAAUACCCUGAAUAGUUUAUUAGAAAAUAACACACACACAUUUCAAUCUUAAGUUCCAUGAAGAUGGUUAAUGAACAAAGUUUCUUUUAAUGAUACUUGUAUUGCAAAAAAACUCAAACAAAGAGAUGAUAUAAUGAAAAAUCAACAUUACUUUGAAAUGGCUUGAUUAAGAAAAAUCCCACUUACAAAAUUUUAAAGAAUUGUUUACGCUAAGAACAUUGAAAGUCUAAAAGUUCAAAAUUUGCAAUUUUACCCUAAAAUUUUGUUUAUAUGUAGGAUGUGAAUAGAUUUAUUAAUAGCAAAAUUCAGAUGAAAAUCCACAGAGUGUUUUUAUAAGCUGUUUAUAUUAGAUACUUCCUUUUUCCACCAAAAUAUUGGUUCUGUUACAUCACACCUAAUCAGUUAAAUGUAUAAAUUUCUUUUCUGUUUAUUAUGUAUUUGUUACAUCACAUUUGAAUAUAAUUUAUUCAGCUUUACUCACAUAGAAGUUGUCAACUACAUUCAUUAUUACUUAGUUUUGUUAUAUUAUUUAUACUUGUAUUUAUGAAUAUCAAACAUUUUAUUGGUUGUUAAAAUUAUUUUUUUUCAAGUAAAAAUCAAUGAUCUUAGAUUUUAAGAGAAUGAAAAGAUAGCCUUUACUUUCACUUUUUUUCUAUAAUUCAUUGGACUCAGAAAGAAUGAUCACUGACACCAUAAUAUCAUACUUUACAUAUUACAAUUGACUUCUAAACAUUCCACACUAUACUUGCUAUGACCGUAUACCCAGUUGAUAAAUUUUAAAUAAGAAUCUAACCAUUUCGAAAAUGAAAGUUUACAUUUUGUUAGUUUUGUUAGUAUUAUUGCAGCAAUAUUAAUUCUUCACUUUUUAUUCAUUAUUUAACAAUCCCAAUGAUAAAUGCCUGCAAACAUUAGAGCUAAUUUUCCAAUGCAUAUAGAGUAAGACUUUAGUUAGCCUGCUUGCUUGGUUUGUAUACUGUACAAUUGUAUUUUGGAUAAUGCUCAAUCAAAUUUUAACAUAAUAUAUACAGGUUUAUCUAUGCUAAUCUAUAUUGUUUGUAGCAGUAUAUCUUUAUUACAAUGCUUGAGCAAACAUUUAUCCAAACAAAGCAAGAAAGCUAAACCAUGUCUUACUCUAAAAGUAUUUGGAUAUUAGUUCUAACAUAAAAGUACAUGUCUACAUUUGUGCCAUGAAAAUAUUGAUAUUUCAGAAUAAAAGUGUUCACAUAUGAAGCAUGCUCGCAAAAGUAAAUCAUUUCAUAUGUUUAUUGUUCUAAUCAAGAAAUAUACUUAUCAUCUGUUAAAAGAAGUGCAAUUUUGAUGUAAUUUUUAAGGAAGUUUUACAUUUUACUGUUGGAGUGAAAUAUUGUUUUUGUACUGUUUGGAGGUGUUUAAAAAAAUAUUUUAUCGAUUAUUUUUCUAGUUAAAUUCAUUUAUUUUUCAAUCCUUAAAUUUAAUUGUGCAAUUAAUUACAAUGGGUUUCCAUGUUUCAGCACAAGCUUCAUAAUAGAAAUUUAGUUCAGAAGUUAGCUACAAUGUUUUCCACUAAAGAUUCUUAACAUGGUAUUUAUUUAUGUACAAAUAGUUAUCAUAUAUUUACUAAUGACAAAAAACCUGAUACAAUGUCAGGAACAUUUCUACUUACCACUAUUAUUUAGAUUUUGAUUGCCACUAUUAUGUAGGUUUUGAUUUCUUAUUUAUGAUAUCUCCAUUAUAUGUAUAAGGUGAUGAGCAUUGGAUGUAAAAAUGCAUCACAGCAUAUAGAAUGCUCACAUGAAGCUUGAUAAGGUUUCAGCUAGAUCUGUUUUGUAGUCUUGUUAAAAAUAUACUAAAAUUUCCUAGGACCAAGGAUAGUGGUUAACCAGUUAACUUUUCCUUUGGGAUAAUCAUAUUUUGUAAUGGUAAGCAUUUACAGUGCUGUUAUUUACCUGGAUUUAAUCUUAAGAUUAGGUCCCUCAGAUUAGCCCUCUUUAUUGAUAAGAUCUAUAUAUAGAAUCUCCUCUAUGACUUUUAUUUGAUUACAUGACAGUGAAAUGUCUCAAAGCCACAUCUGAACUAUAUCUGAUUAGUAAUUUUAUCAUACAUUUUGUCUAUCAUGGAACUUGGGCCAAAAUAACUAGAAGAAGUACAUUCCUUUUCAGGCACUUUUACCUUGUUAUAAAAUUGUAUUUGUUUAUUUUUGGUAUGUGUUGUGCUGAUUUCAAUGCUUAUGUCUUCAUUAUUUUUUUAUAUAUUCAUGUCAAUGUUGAAGAAAAAUCCAUUCAUCUGUCACAUGUACAAUAAAACAUGUUCCGUCCAUCUUUCAGCUCAUAGAUCUGAAAUUUUGUACUACAUUUUAUUUUAUAUUUAUUUGUUGUGAUUAUUUUAUUUUGAUUAUUAAUGUCAAAUUAGAACUUGAAGAUGAAAUAUAGUUGAAAAUCUUG